CGGUUUUUCAGUCUGAUUGUUUCCACCGCUUUUUAAUUGUUUAAUAUUUUUUUUUUAUUUUAAAAAAUUCAUUGUAAAAAAAUUGUUAUGAAAAUGAUACUACCAAUUUCAUUGUUUCUCCUAUGUUUUGUUCGAUUAUCUGUGGCCAAUGGUUCAGUGUUAGUAUUGUUGGAUCAUUUAUCCAUAAAAGAAACACAUUCCAUUUUCUUUAAAUCAUUACAAGAUAGAGGAUUUGAUCUUACAUUUCGUUUGGCCGAUGAUGCUACAUUAUCGUUAACUAAAUAUGGUACACCAUUAUAUCAGCAUCUGAUUCUGUUUUCACCAUCAGCCGAAGAAUUUGGUGGCAAUAUCAAUACACAAGCAAUUACCGAAUUUAUUGAUAAUGGUGGUAAUUUAUUAGUAGCUGCCAAUGAAAAUGUUGGCGAUGCUAUACGUGAAUUGGCCGUUGAAUGUGGUUUAGAAAUCGAUGAAGAAGGUGCACAAGUAAUCGAUCAUUUUAAUUAUGAUGCUACCGAUGAUGAUAUGCAUACGCUUAUCGUUGUCGGCACUGAAGAUUUAAUCGAUGCACCAACUAUUGUCGGUGACCGAUCCCGUAUUAAUCCGAUUUUGUUCCGUGGCAUUGGUAUGAUUUCCGAUCCGAAAAAUACAUUGGUUUUAGAUGUCCUUAAAGGAACAUCAACAUGUUAUUCGCAUAACCCAUUAAAAGAAAUAACUGAGUAUCCACAUGUUGUUGGCAAAAAUACCAUUCUUAUAUCGGCAUUACAAGCACGAAACAAUGCACGUGUCGUUUUUGUCGGUUCACUUGAUUUUUUCAGUGAUAAUUUCUUUCAAUCACCGAUUAAAAUCGCUGGUUCACCGAAUGUUCGACAAUAUGAUAAAUCUGGCAAUGAACAAUUGGCACUUUCCUUAUCAGGUUGGGUAUUCAAAGAACAAGGUGUCCUACGUGUCAGUUCGGUUAAACAUUUUAAAACCGGUACCAAUGAAAAUGAUUCCUAUACAAUUAUGGAUGAUGUUGAAUAUUGGGCUAUGAUUGAAAUAUUCGAUAAAAAUGGUAAAUGGAUACCAUUCGAUGCCAAUGAUAUACAAAUGGAAUUUGUUCGUAUCGAUCCAUUUAUACGGCAAACAUUGCGAAAAGAAAAUAAUGAAUAUGUUGCUCGAUUUCGUAUACCAGAUGUUUAUGGUGUUUAUAAAUUUAUUGUCGAUUAUAAACGUGUUGGCUAUACAAAUCUUUAUUCAUCAACACAGGUUUCUGUACGUCCAUUACAGCAUACACAAUAUGAACGUUUCAUUAUAUCAGCAUAUCCAUAUUAUUUUAGCGCCUUUUCAAUGAUGUUCAGUGUUUUUCUAUUUAGUUUUGUAUUUCUUUAUUUCCGUGAACCAACAAUGAAAACUAAGUCAGAUUAGUCGAUGAUUCGACGACAAAAACAACAGAUUGAACACAAACACACACACACAAAUACAGGCCUGAUAUUUGUAAAUUUCCUUUUUCUCUUCACUUUUUUAUAAUUAAUCUUAUAAUCUCAAUAAAAAAAAUCUUUGAAAAACAAAA